AUAUUUAACUCACGCCAUAUGUUCCUCGUAUAAAUAUAAUAGAUAACUCUUUAAUUUCUUUAGAUUCUAGUCAAAAUUCUACUCCAAGAUAAAUCAAAAUGGAGAUACCCUAUGGCCCAACACAAUUGAUGUUGAAAGUCAGUAAGGUCAUGGAAACGAUCCAGUUGAACAGCUUUCUCAAUUCCUGCAAAUUCCAUAGACAAAAAGAAACCCAGUUUCGAUUAUCACAAGGCCACAGACAACAAGAAACCUCCAUUCAGUUUAAGGAGUAUGAACAUAGCAUCUCAAAAUGGAUUCAGCUGGUUCAAAAAAUGAGAUUUCCAUUAAGAAUAGUCAGCUGGAUCUUAUGAGAAGAACUGUUGAAGCUCAGGACUCAUCUGCAAAAGCUGCAGAUGAUGCUACAGUGAUGCGUUUUUUGCGUGCACGAGAUUUCAAUGUGCAAAAAGCAUCUCAGUUUUUCCUGAAAUAUCUGAAUUGGAGACGGGCAUUUGUACCUCUUGGCUAUAUUCCAGAGUCAGAGGUCUGUAAUGAGCUUGAAAAGAAGAAGAUUUUUAUACAAGGUUUCGACAAACAAGGGCACCCAAUUGGAGUAAUUCUUGCUGCAAGGCAUAACAGUGACAGGGACCUAGAGGAGUUUAAACGUCUUGUUGUCUAUGGAUUUGACAAAAUAUGUGCCUGCUUGCCAAGCGAACAGGAAAAAUUCACCAUCAUCGCAGAUCUUGAGGGCUGGGGCUACAAGAAUACAGACAUCCGUGCUUAUCUCGCAGCACUUGAAAUAAUGCAGAAUUUUUAUCCUGAGCGGCUUGGGAAGGUUCUUAUGAUUCAUGUCCCGUACCUAUUUUGGGCAGCAUGGAAGAUAGUGUAUCCGUUUAUUGACAAUGUGACCAAGAAAAAGAUUAUUUUUGUUGAAGAUAAGCAUCUUAAGGAAACAUUACUGAGUGAAAUUGAUGAAAGUCAAGUUCCUGAAAUCUAUGGAGGGAAACUGCCUUUAGUACCAGCACAAGAUUGUAUUACAACUAAUAGUGCCCCUGUUACAUCGAGUAAUGAAGAAGUUGGAUUUCGAUAGCAGUUGCCACACCAAAAUAGCAUAGCUUUUCUUUCAUGAUUGUACUGUAUUUUUUAAUCUUUUAUUACAUGAUUCUACUGUGUUGUGUUCAAUCCUUAAAAGUUUUCAAUGGUGCAAGAUAUGUGCCAGAGCUAUUCAAACAUUGAAAUCACCUUUUCUAGGGAUUUUCCAAUAACAUUUUGUUCUCAAUUUCAGCAAAAUCUUAUGAGUGAUCAGCAAAUGUUGUUUUACUUUA